GUCGUUACAGAAGGUCUCUCCCUCCAUCGCUCUUUCUCUCCCCCUCGCUCGCUCCUCGGCAGACACGUGACGCCCCUGUGCACACCACAGCUAUAUGUACUGAUGGUAUAGGCUGAGCUGAAGCAGCAUCACUGCGUAUCCGCUAACUGCUCAAGUUAAAACCGCGAGCGGAUGUCACAGACUCGGCCCCCUUUUCUCUUUCUCUCCCUCGGUUUCUUUUUUGUUCGGUUAAACAAUAGCGGGUGCGCGCGACACACACACACGGGGCGAGAGUGAGAGAGCGAGAGCGAGCGAGCGAGAGGAGAGAAGAAGAAAAGAGAGAGAGCGAGCGAGCGAGUGAGCGAGAGAGAGAGACAGGGGAGCGGGAGGGUGGGUGUCACAGGCGCACUGAACCUGCUGCUUUCAUGCCGUCAGUCUUACGGACUCUGAAAUGGACGUGAGGUUUUAUCCCGCAGCCCCGGCGAGCGUGGGUUCUUUGGCGGCGGAUCCUGCUUGCUUGAGCCCCUUGGACUAUUACCACUGCAAUAAGUUUGAUGGUGACAACAUGUACAUGAGUGAGAGUAACCAGGAGUUUCUUGCCACUAAUCAGAAUUACUCCGGCCAAGGAGGAGGAGGAGGCGGCGGCGGCGGAGGAGGUGGUGGCGGCGGUGGAGACGAAGAUUACGAUAUUCCACCCAUAACUCCACCCAACCUUCCAGAUCCUUCUCUCCUGCACUUGAUGGACCCCGAGUCAGGAUACCACUCACUGUGUCACUCGCUGCAGCCCAACACGCUGAUCAGCCACUACUCGUACCCGGAGCUGCCGGCCAUCAUGAUGUCCAACAUGCUAGGACAGGACGGACAUCUGCUCUCGGCCCAGAUGCCACCGAUGCAGGAGAUGGCCCACCCAGACGGCUCCCGUUUCGACCCGAGUCAGCAGCUCCCUCUGAUUGGCAGGUCUCGGGGGAUUCUGUCGCACCACAUGGCCGCUAUGAGCCAAUCCCAGCUGAACUCUCAGGUCGGCCUCCGCAGCGCUGCUGCCCAGGGUUCCCCCUCACCUCCAGGAAGUAAGUCGGCUACGCCGUCUCCCUCCAGCUCUGCCCAGGAAGAGGAGGCCGACUGCCACCCCAAGGUACCGAUGAGUGGCGAGAAGAGGCCGUCCUCAGACAUGGCCAAGAAACCAAAGCCACAGAAGAAGAAGAAGAAGAAGGACCCAAACGAGCCCCAGAAGCCGGUAUCGGCAUACGCACUUUUCUUCAGGGAUACGCAAGCGGCGAUCAAAGGUCAAAACCCCAACGCCACUUUCGGAGACGUCUCUAAGAUCGUGGCCUCCAUGUGGGACAGCCUGGGAGAGGAGCAGAAGCAGGCAUACAAGAGGAAAACAGAAGCUGCCAAGAAGGAGUAUUUGAAAGCCCUGGCAGCGUACAGAGCCAGCCUGGUUUCCAAGAGCUAUAGUGACCAGGUGGAGGGGAAAAAUGUCCCAACAAGCCAACCUUCACACAUGAUGCCACCAAAACAACCUUUGUACAGCGUGCCACCGCAGACCCCCUCGACGUAUCUAAACCCAGGCUCAUUCCCCCUGACGGAUCUGCAGAGCUAUACUGGCGCGACCCAUCACAGCCUUUCCAGAAGUCUCAGCCAAUCACAGAUGUUGCCCAGCAUUAGUGCCUCGCCCCCGUCAUCCUUUCAGAUUAGCCCACCUCUGCACCAACAGCUGUCUCUGCACCAGAGCUCACUUCUUGGACAGCCAAUUCACAUGCAGCAGGUCCAGUCUCAGUCGAUCAUCUCUCAUCAGAUGGGUCUACCAACUUCACUUCAUUCACCUCCUCCUGGACAGCAGGGCUUUCCUCACAUUCAGGCGGAGUAUCAGAAUAAUGUGGGCUCACAGUCACCAGGAUCAAGCAACCCUGCUGUUGGUCAGAAUCCUGACUGGGACAGUGAGUACUGCAAUCGAGAGUGUGGCGUGAACCACUGCAGUAUGAUACCAAGAGACAAGUCACUCUACCUCACUUGAAGAGUAAAGUCCACUGGCAAACUGGGACACCUGGGAACUCCUGCGUUAUAACUGUUUUGUUUUUUUGUUUUUUUUUGAAGGAUUUCACGCAAGUCCUAAAGACUACUAGUGAGCUUCUUGCCAAGCACUUAGAGUCACAGGCCUCUAUGGACGCCUGCAGAGCACCCACCCCCCUACCUACCCACCCCCCUUCUUCUUCUUCUUGGCCGUUUUCUUUAAAUUACUUUUUAAAGAGCCAUUCAGCUUUAAUAUACGAACACAAACAGUGCAGUCAAGUUUUUCAGAUUCUCGAUUUUUUACUUUCUUUUUUCUUUUCUUUUUUUUUUUUUUUUAAAGCUUUCCAGCAGCUCUCCAUCUUGGACUUUCUGAAUUGCUCGCAGAUUCAAAGGAGGCUUCAGUCUCACAGACUGUACUGUGCAAGAGAGCGUAGAAGUGUGGGCGGUAGGGGCUCGAAAGACUAAACCUGUGCCCAAUGAAGGAAAUAAAACAAAAAGAACUUUUGAAUCAUACACAGGCAACCUGUCGAGGUUUAAUGGAUCUGUCACAGUGUGAUUGUAAAUAUCACUUUAUCGAAUUUAACUUGGGGAUUCAAGUCCACCUCGUUCAUUGGCUACCAGCUUGGUCCUGCCUCAGCCAAUCAGGAGUCUGCAUAUUCUGUCCUGUCCCAUAAGUUCAUAAGACCACUGCAUGC